UCUGCUUUGCAUCCGCUGUUCCUCUGCUCUCAUCAGCCUUCCUGGCAGCAAUCUCAUCAGCAUUCAUCUGGCAGCAAUCUCAUCAGCCUUCCUGGCAGCAAUCUCAUCAGCAUUCCUGGCAGCAAUCUCCUCAGCAUUCCUGGCAGUAAUCUCAUCAGCAUUCCUGGCAGCAAUCUCAUCAACUUCCUGGCAGCAAUCUCAUCAGCAUUCCUGGCAGCAAUCUCAUCAGCAUUCCUGGCAGCAAUCUCAUCAGCAUUCCUGGCAGCAAUCUCAUCAGCUUCCUGGCAGCAAUCUAAUCAACUUCCUGGCAGCAAUCACAUCAGCAUUCCU